CCGAAAACCGACGCCAUCAAAACAAUAAACAUCUUUGCACCGCAGAAGUAAGUGCACAGGCAAGUGAAUCGCGUCACCCGUAUGGAAUUUUAUUCGUAGUGGCUAAUUAUUUCCUCUGUAGAAAACAGACAUAUUGUUCUGUUAAACAAGACCAUCAAUGGGUUGUUUCGAAAGCAAACCAUCCGAGCAGCAUCAGCCAACUGCCGUGCGAGGCUGCACCGAUAUUUUUUGGCUCAUCGUUUACGUUCUAUUUUGGAUUGCUUUGCUUGUUAUUGCAGUGUUCUCCUUUGUUUACGGCAACCCACUGCGUAUCAUCAAUGGCUACGACUCAUUCGGUAACACAUGUGGCGUCAAGAGUAACGAAAAAUUCUCCCACUUCCCGCUUUCCGGGAUGAACACACUGGACAAACCGUACUUGUUUUUCUUGGAUAUCAAAGAAUUGCGCCAAUCGCUGAAAAUCUGUGUGAAGGAGUGCCCCAAUAGAGACAUCGCCAAUGCGAUGGAGCUGUAUAGAUACUACGAAGAACGUGAUGCCAAGUUUUGCCGAUAUGAUUUUAACAUGAGUUUACUGACGACGCAAGAAGCAACCGGCCCAAAAUAUUUCGCUUUCGCAGGACCAUGUCCCAAGCUUCCAGUUUACGAAGGCCGGCCGGUACUCCAUCGUUGUAUACCCACCGGCAAAAAUGCCCCACUGAGUCAGGUUAAGGAUAUGUAUGCACUGUUCAAUUCUUGGGGAGCAGCACAGCAGCUAUUUAGCGAUAUUUACAAAACGUGGCCCAUCAUCGUGCUGAUAUGCGGAUUGAGUUUAAUAUUCUCGAUUAUUUUGAUAACGAUGCUUCAUUGGCUGACUUCCAUUAUAUCGUGGUUGAUUUGCAUCUUUGUCGCUGUUGCUAGCAUUGGACUCACUGGGAUCCUCUGGUGGAGCUACUAUAAGGCCAAACAUAGUCUGGAUACCGAUCCCAAGUUGUCAUAUUUGGAGGAGUUGGUUCGGAAUGAGACCACAAUUUACGUGAUUGCGAUCCUCGCCACGUUCAUAAUGAUCAUCUUGCUAGUGAUAAUUUACUAUUUGCGCGAGAAAAUCAGCGGAUUGGCGGCUCUGUUCGAGGAAGCGGGUAAAUGUAUGCUGGAAAUUCCUGGUCUUGCCGGGCCUCCUGUGCUAGCGUUUAUUGCACUGUGCAUAUUUCUUUCCUUCUGGGUGGUGGUGGUUGUUUGUUUGGCUACCGCUAAUUAUCCGAAUGUGCGACCUUUGUUACCAUUUACUCAGCUAAAGGAGAAUCCCAACAAGAGCGAUAGUGCGGCCAGAUCAGAUGGAACCGUAAAUAACAACACCUAUAAGUCGUUCGAUCUGGUUGAAUACCCCGAAGCGGACUACCUUCGCCACAUGUUAUGGAUCUACAUCAUCGGUCUCGUUUGGACGACGGAGUUCAUUUUCGCCUGCCAACAGCUAGCAAUCGCCGGAGCUGUUGCUUACUGGUACUUCCGCAAACCCACCGACACCCCAGUGAUUCAUGCCAUUGGCAAACUGAUCAAAUACCAUCUCGGUUCCGUCGCCAAGGGAUCGUUUAUCAUCACACUGUUUAAAAUUCCAAGAUUAAUAUUGACGUAUCUAUAUGCCAAACUAAAACGCCACCAACAGGAAGGAUCGGAAUGUGCCAGCUGCUGUCUGAAGUGUUGCAUUUGCAGCUUCUGGCUUUUGGAGACAUUUAUUCGGUAUCUGAACCACAACGCUUACACCGUGAUCGCGAUUGAAAGUGUCAAUUUCUGUCCGGCUGCAAAAAUUGCCUGGAACGCAUUGGUCACAAACGCUCUUCAAGUGGCCACAAUCAACGGAAUCGGUGACUUUGUUUUGUUCCUGGGAAAACUGGCUGUGGCCACUCUUUGCGGUUUGAUUAGCAUUUUGAUGUUGAGAGACAAGCCGGACGUGAAUUUUUACAUCGCUCCGGUUAUAAUAAUAACGAUCUUCUCCUUCUUCAUUGCUCAUAUCGUGUUAUCACUGUACGAGAUGGUCGUGGAUACACUUUUCCUUUGCGUUUGUGAGGACAAGACCAUCAACGGCAAUUCGGGCCGAUGGAAGGAAAGUAAUUUGGCUCGGCUGCUUGGUGAGGAUCCUGAAACUGACGCUGUGGAAGCACCGAUGCAAAAUGUCGAAUUGACUCCCAUAACGAAGCAACCGUUCUCCGUGCAGAGUUUACAAAUGACUGAGAUCGAUAACAAGGCUUAAAUACUGCGGCAGGUUUACCUCAGCUAAAAGUAGGACCAUUCAAGCACAAAAAAAGACGAUAGAAUGUUAACAAUUCUACAAACACUACAUAAUGCCGUCGUCGUGCGGGUGGGUUUCCACCACUCGUAAAAUCAAAUCGCACAUCGUCUCGAAUGUUUAAACUACUAAAUGUGCUUUCAUAUUGUGCUUCAAAUGGGGAACAAAGAUUCGUUUGUUGUUAAAGUUCUCAUUUGUCUAGGAAUUAGUGUUCACUAACGAGAAAGCGUUGAGCACCGAACGUAUAUUUACAGUAAAAAGUAUUUUGUCUGUUGGAACUUAAUCCUUCCAACGUUUUGUGAGAUGUUUAUCUAUUUAAUAAAAAUCAUAAGCGCAUUAAUUACUCGGGUUAGCUCAAACAUUUUUAAUCAUCAUAUAUGUAUAUUACGUAUUUAUUCGAGAAAUUCCAACCGUAAUUUCGUCUGUAGAAUGAGAAUCAUUUCGCAUCACCUCGGAGCUAGUUCGGUUACUCAGAUGAUCACGUGGUUGUACGAUAAGAAUUUUUUAAAAGCUUUUAUUCAGAUAUUGAUCACAAGAUCACUAUGUAAGUGCUAUACACGGCAGCAAAGCAGAGAUGAGGAUGUUUUAUGUUAUAAUAUAUACACGAUGAAAUGUAACACAAUAA